GCGCAGUUAGAUAACAUGAGGUUUCACCUCAUGUUAUCAUACUGUGUUGCAGCUUGCCGGUGUUGAAAGAGUGAGCCGAGUAGUGUUUCCUUAUCGUGCUUCUGUUAGCAACGAGUUUGUGUUGAAACGGGUUAAGCAACGUUUGUUGGCCAACUGAAUAAACCUAAUCUCUCAGUGUUUGGAAGUUUUAUGACACAACUAUCUUUUUUUAAAAAUUAACUUCAUAUAUCUCAGGACUGAGGUAAUGUUACGCCCCCCGAAGAGCUAGUUACACCAGCCUGUGUGACACCUGGACGUCUCGUUUACCACAGCCAUGAGGAAUCUUUGGACCAAGGCAGGUGUUUUAGGUUCAGUGUCCAUGGCUUUUGGCUCAAUGCUGUGGUCACAAAAGAAGACUGACUCAGACCAGGUUGCCUCCAGCUGCACCCCUGCAGACAGAGAUCCCAGUUCUCCCUACGAACUAAAACUGGUCCAAGUCCUGUUUCGACAUGGUGCUAGAACGCCUCUAAAGUCAAUACCUGAUGUGAUGGAGGUCCAGUGGGUACCAACGCUCUUGGAGCCUCCCGCACACACCCACAUCAACUAUAUAGUGACGGAUCUUCACGGUGGCCCCAGGCCCUCAGCUCCUGUGGAAGACAGCUAUCGGAGAAACAUACUGACCGGUGGCACGUACCCCGGUCAGCUGACCACAGUGGGCAUGCAGCAGCUGUAUGAGCUCGGCAAGAGGUUGAGGAGGAGAUACAUUGAGGAGAUUCCCUUCCUCAGCUCCACCUUUAGCCCAGCUGAGGUCUAUGUGCGCUCCACUAACAUUGUGAGGACCAUUGAAUCUGCCAAGUGCCUGGUAGCAGGGCUCUUCCAGCAAAAACAAAAAGAAAUUGUGCAUAUAUUAACGACGGAGGCAGAGUCUGAAAUCCUGUAUCCAAACUAUCAUGGAUGCAAGCUGCUCAAAAUCCUUGGCGGCCACCGCUGGGCAGAGUCGUCCACUCUGCCAGAUAUUGCAGCAGACCUGCAGAGCAUCCAGAACGCACUGGGCAUCGCUGCUCACCAGCACGUCGACUUCAUCCUCAUUAGGGACGACAUGGUUGCCAGAGAGACACAUGGCCUGCCCUGCCCGCCAGUGCUGGACACCUGGAGGAAUAAAGUGGAACAGAGAGCUGUGGACAUGAUCUACCAUGUCUAUGAACCCAGCAAGAGGGAGAACCUUCAGCUUUGUGUGGGACCACUCCUGCACACAUUGUUAGUCAACUUGGAGGAGAAACUCCAGGGCACCUCAUCAGAGCCAAACAGGAAGUUGUUUUUGUACUCUGCACAUGACACCACUUUGAUUCCCUGUCUGAUGGCACUGGGGAUUUUUGACAUGAGAUGGCCCCCGUACGCAGCUGAUAUCACUCUGGAGCUGCACCAGCACCGACAGACCAAUGAAGCCUUCGUCAAAGUGUCAUACAUAGGCCAGGAUCAACUUAUUCCUGGUUGUAGUGGAGUCUACUGCCCCCUGCAGGAGUUUAAGCAGGCCCUCUCAGCAUACUCGCUAAGCUCUGAGGUCUACCAGUCACUUUGUAACAGCACAGAGGACUCAACCAAGCCCUGAACCCUCAACUGACCUUCACAUCUGAACACAGUGCUACCCAUGACAUUUCACUCUUUUUUUUUCUUUUACGUCCUCAGUUUCCUCUCCAUCCAGCCACCAUCAACAUUAUACCACACUGUCAGACUACUUGGGUUAGUUUACAUCAGAGUUUUAAUGUCAUGAUCCCUCCAUGUAGGUAAAUGGCAAUUUAAUGGUUACGGCACAUUGACAAGUGUAUGUGCAGAGUAAUUUUUGCUAUGCAGUAUAUGCCUGAUAUCCAAUGCUUGGUGCAUAGAUGUCCAUUGUUUGGUUUAGUGAUAAAGGGUGGCAUUAAUCCAUGUUUUUCUUAUUGUCAACAAAUCCCAAAAGACGAAAACCAAAAAUUGUUUGUCCGUCUCUCAGUACGAUCGGAAAUCUUUUCUAUCGGAUCACUAGUACAUAUUUUCAUUUUAAAAAGUAAUUUCCUAAAACACUACUUGAAUGUAGAAAGGCAUAAAUUGUGCCAAGGUUCAUUAUAGGAGCGUGUCACCCACUGAAAUGGCAUGGCUCCUGUAUGUUUUACUUGUUAGUAGAAACAUUGUUGCUUUUCUUCUUUUUGGAUUUUGUUGACCAGAAAAGUCCAUAAUAUUAUCAGCCUUUUUCUUUGAAGUUCAAGCUAUUGCUGCAUAUUGCUGACAUAUGGACAUCUUAAAGGUUGGACAGUACAGCAUCGUAACCGCCUUUAUCUAAUUGCUGAUGCAAUUAUUCUGCCAAUUUGGUUGUGUUCACAACCAAAUCCUUCGUAUUCUGUCAUUUCAUUCCUCGGAGGAAUACUAAGCAUUUCAUGUACUGUAUCUGAUGUUUAUUACUAAAGGGGUGCAGAAAGUGGAUUGUACAUUAGUGUGUAGAUGUGUUGAAAAUCAUGUAGAAUCUGCAGAAAGGGACUUACUCUGAAACUGUAUGUUUAAGAGUGAGUUUUUAGGUUGCCUUCUUGUAGAGAUUUUUUGGUAGUAUCAGACCGCAGUAUAAUGUAUGCACGAAUACAUGCCCAUUACAUAGACCUGAGUGUUACUGUGUUACAAUUACACAUAUUAUACCUCAUCUGUGGGACUUUCCCACAACCUGCUUCUGAAAAUGUAUAGUUUGGUUUGGAUUGGUGAGGAAUUAAUAAAUAAUUUGA